GCGCCGCCGCCCUCAGUCUGGCUCCGGCUGCGCUCGGCGGCGCUUCGAGGAGGAGACGGCGGGAAGGACGAGGGCGGAGCAUGGCUCUCUCGGUGCCCGUCAACGGGCUGAAGGAGGAGGGCGGCGGCCGGGAGCCCCUCAUCGAGCUCUUCGUCAAGGCCGGGAGUGACGGCGAAAGCAUCGGGAAUUGUCCCUUUUCCCAGAGACUCUUCAUGAUCCUGUGGCUCAAAGGAGUUGUAUUUAGUGUUACGACAGUUGACUUGAAAAGGAAGCCUGCAGACCUUCAGAACCUGGCUCCAGGGACUCACCCGCCCUUUAUUACGUUUAAUAGCGAGGUGAAAACGGAUGUAAACAAGAUCGAAGAAUUCCUUGAAGACGUCCUCUGCCCACCCAAGUAUGCAAAACUUUCACCGAAACAUCCCGAAUCAAACACCGCGGGGAUGGACAUCUUUGCUAAAUUUUCAGCAUUUAUCAAGAAUUCCAGGCCGGAAGGAAAUGAAGCUUUGGAGAGGAGCCUCCUAAAAACUCUGCAAAAGUUGGACGACUAUUUGAACACACCUCUUCCGGAUGAAAUUGAUGAAAACAGCAUGGAGGAUGUGACCGUUUCCACGCGCAAAUUUCUGGACGGGGAUGAGAUGACACUAGCAGAUUGCAAUUUGUUGCCCAAACUACAUAUUGUCAAGGUUGUGGCCAAAAAGUACCGUAACUUUGAAAUCCCCAAGACAAUGACUGGGAUUUGGAGAUACCUGGCGAAUGCCUACAGCCGCGACGAAUUCACCAACACCUGUCCCGGAGACAAAGAGAUUGAAAUAGCUUACAGUGACGUAGCAAAGAGACUCACGAAAUAAGCGUAACGAAAAGCUUAUUUUUUAACAGACAGGCUCCCUUUUUUUGCCCUUUUUAAGAUAGCAAUUUACUUUGCAUGUCCUUGCAGUUACUCAGUGUUACAUCAGGUAGGAACAGGUACAGUCAUGUUUUUUGGUUUUUUUUACAUAUGGAUAUUAUUAUUAUUAUGCCACUUUAUGGUUUGGUCUCCUGCGGUGAAGGCGAGUGCGGUGUUUCGUGUUGCCACGAAGCGGUUUUCGGGGUCUUGUCCAGAAUAGUCCGGAGUGGGAUCCUUCUUCCUUCUACAAUCUGGAGCCCAUGUUGGUGUAUUAUUCGGGUUUUGCGACAAGAGGGAAGGAAGUGGCAAAGAUUUUCCUACACUCGGUUGUGUUAGACAGGAUGUUUGAACGCUCUUGGCUUCUUGCUCACUCGGAAGGAGGAUUUCUCCUUCCCAUUUUUGAUGAUGUGUUUCACAUGCAGAGAGUUCCAUUUCCACUUGGACAACAUCCCCAAACUUUGGCCUAACUUUGUCAGUCAAGGGACAGUGCUACUUCUUAAUAUUCCAGAUCAUAUGAAGAGGCAAUUAGAUUUGAGAGCAGGCAUGGGCAAACUCUGGUUUUCCAGGUGUUUUGGACUUCAAAAGUGUGAGUAUCUGCCUGCGUUGUAUGUAGAAUCCAUCUUCUUCUCUCCUAUGUGACUCAGUGUAUCUCCCUGCAUUGUAUAAUCCAUCUUCCUCUCUCCUCUGUGACUCAGAGUGAGUAUCUGCCUGCGUUGUAUGUGGUUAUCUGAUCACUUAAGUAGCUGAGGGUUUUAGGAAUUCUGGGACUUGACCAAAACACCUGGCAAGCCAGAGUUUGCCCAUCCCUGCUUUAGACUAAUUGCAGGAUUGUUAGGAUGGUCUAUGGAGCACACGUGGCUGGUGGUUCGAGGGUUUUAAAGUGAACUUUUGGGGUGUUUUGCGGAAGUUUUGCACACUAGUGCAACUGAAAUAGUGCACCACAUAGACGGUUCGAGCAGGGCAUCAAAGGUAGUUGCACUAAAAAGAACUACUUGCAAAGUGCACGGCUCUUUGAACACGUCAAGCACCGGGGAUGGUUGCACACCAAGAUGGGAAGUUCACUUUGCUGUGCCCUUUAGGCAUCGGUGGAGGUGUCACCUUUGUAUUUUUGCACAAAUCUCUUCUUUCAAUCCUCCAUGAGAACCUGGAGGUGGAUUUUCAUCAUCGACAUCCGAAUUUGGCCCUUGUUGUGGUGAAACACUACCCCAAAAGCUUAUAAGACACGUGGCUUCUUUGGAAAAGCGCUGAGCGCCGUGGUUCUCAACCUGUGGGUCCCCAAAUGUUUUGGCCUUAAACUCCCAAAAAUCUCAACAGCUGGGACUUCUGGGAGUUGUAGGCCAAAACACCCACAGGUUGAGAACCAUUGACUGAGCAGUUUGUCAAUAAGUAGACUUUGUUUCCAAGGUCUGCCAGACCAUAUAGAUGAGCACAAAGUUUCCCUCAAGAAGUAGCUACUCUUCCGUUGCUUGAGGUAGACGUACAGAAAACAUUUUCCAUCCCAUUUUAGUAAAAUUUGGUCAGAAUCUUGCUCUGAGAGUGACUUUAUUUUAAACAAAGUGCAAGUGGCCUUCACAAAACCAGUUUCUUUGCCUUACUAGACCUCGUGUGUAACCCUGUUGUGUUGAUCCUCACCUUCGAAGUGAGGUGAGCAUGACGUUUCCAGGUCCCUUGUGACUGUUACUACCCUCUCCCCAAUUUUGCUCACUAACUUCACCCAUUUUUCACGGGAAACUCUUCCGUUAGUCUCCCCUGACCGCACACGAUUCAAAGUAACUGUGCUUCUUUCAAUGGAUUGCUGCUUUAAUCUGAGUUUCCUUUGUCGGCAAAAGCAACGCUCGGCUUUUGUAUUGUAUUAUUAGUAGACGUAACCACGGGUCUUUCUUUCCAGCAGUUGCAACUAACGGGGAAGGGUUUUGUCCUGUGCGAAAGCACAAUCGCUCGCGUUCUGUAAAGCUCUUCCCAAGACUUUUUUUGAAAAGGGUAUUCCAAACAAACAAACAAAUAGAUACCUAACCUGCUCUCUCUUGGUUGGGCUCAAAGUACAGAACGGGCAGGAUGUUGGAUUUGUCUAGAGAGGAAUACCUGCAGUCUCUGUAUGACGUAUUGUAUUAUGCUUCUCUUUUCACUUUUCUGGAAUAUCUUUUACGGAUAUACCGGCAAACUGCUGGCAGCUAUUGUUUUAAAAAAUAAAAUAAAAUUUAUAUUUUCACUUAA